CCCUGCGCGCCCGGCACGUCUGCAGGCUCUGCGCCGCGUUUGGCCAUGGGUCCCUGGCUCCUGUUCGCCGCUUGCGCCUUCUGGAUGGGCCGCGUGGAUGGCGGCACCGCCUGCAACUACCCACCGCAGCUCUGGUGCAGCUCCGCUGAGAUCGCCCGGGCGUGCAAGGCAGAGAAGCACUGUGCCCUGCGGGCUGCUGCCCAGCCCCCGCGCAAGGCUGCCCCGGUCUCCAUCAGCCUGUUCUACGAGAGCCUCUGCCCGGCCUGCCGCAGUUACCUGGUCCUGGAGCUCAUUCCCACCUGGCUGAUGCUGAACGACAUCAUGAACGUCACGCUGGUCCCCUACGGAAACGCCAGGGAGACGAAGGGGCCCACGAAAUGGGAGUUUGACUGCCAGCACGGCGAAGACGAAUGCUUGGGCAACAUGAUGGAGACCUGCAUCCUCCACCUCCUGCCGGACCCGCUGUUUCACAUGCUGACCAUCUUCUGCCUGGAGUCUAGCAUCUACGUCUCCCGGAACCUACAAACGUGCAUGAAACUGUACUUUCCUCACGUCCCUCUGGACAACAUCACCAACUGUGUGAACGGAGAACUGGGCAACAAACUCAUGCACCAGAAUGCGCAGCUCACGGAGGGCCUGAAGCCGCCGCAUGACUACGUGCCGUGGAUCCUGGUCAAUGGGAAACACACCGAAGACCUGCAAAAACAAGCUCAAGAGAGCCUCUUCAAGCUGGUUUGCAGUUUGUAUGAGGCAAACCCAAUUCUUCCCUGUCAGGAUCCAAAGAGCCAAGCAUCCCUCCCCCAUUUCCCACGAGACACCUGCUUGAGAAUGUAACUCCAGCCCACCCGGCACAUUUGCAUCCCAGUUUUGCCUCUUCUGCCUGUCCUCUGGAUCUGCCCCAGCAGAGGACGGGGCCACGUCUUGAGGCAGAUCCAAGGAAACCCUUCUGAGCCGUCGCCCGACGUGUUUCCUCGUCCUGUGGAACGUCUUCCCCAGGGUGCCGUCCCCGUCAGAGAUGCAGCAAACGCCACGGGGCUCCCUCGGGGCUACAGCAGAGAAGCCAAAAUCACCACCAGAUGUUUGGGGAAUGACCGUCAUUCUCCUGGUGCUUCAGUUUGCUCGGUUUCUGUCCCUUGGGAGAAGGAGUUUACUUUUUUUUUUAAAUAAAAUAAAAUAAA